AUGAUAUAAGUGAGUUUGUAUGAUAUUGAUUUAGGCUGUUAGUAUCAUAAGCUGUACUUCUAAAUUUAAUCUAAUUCUUAAACAAAUGAAACACAUUAGAUUUCUUAAUUACCAAUAUCAACUUUAAUUGAAGGGAAAGAAUUCAAAAUAAUAAUAAGAGAUGGUAGUAUAACAAUAGGAAGUAUAAGUUUUCAUUCUAAAUAAUUAACUAAAUCAUUAAACCUUGUGAGAUGGUAUAAUCAAUAGAUUUAAUAGGAUUACUCUAUUUGACCCUAAAGAUGAUUAAUAUGAUGGAAAUCUUAUAGAAGAUGAUUUAGAAUAGCCAAGAAUAUUGCUUAGAAUUGAAACAAAUUAUCAAUAUUAAUAAAAGUUAUUUAAAUAGAACUUAUUAUAUGCAGGUUUAUAAAAUCAAAAGGAGAACACUUAAUAAUCAAUUGAUAAAAAAAAGUUAUAACAAAUUAUUGAAGAUCAUAAGGAUAUGUAGAAUAUGUAUGCAUCUUUAAAAGAAGAUUUAAUAUCAUAUAGAGAUAAUUCUUAAUUAGAAAUAAAAUAGUUAGAACUAGAAAAAUAAUCUUAUAUACAAGAAAAUAAAGCAUUAAAAUAAUAAAUAUAAGUAUUAAAAUAAAAUGAAUUACUAAUGAAUGAUUAAUAAUAAAAGUUUGGAACUAAUAAUAAUAAUAAAAUAAAAUGA